UAUUAAUAAGCAACCGAGUGCCUUAACACAGUUCUUACAAAAGCACCUCACUGGUUUUUACGGGAUAUUUUUUAUUUCAUAUUGAUUGUUUUUUGUAGCUAUUUUAGCAAACCACUCAUCAUUGUGUCAUCCGGCUCCAGAGACAUCAGAGUGUUAUGUGUUUAGACAAGUGAUAAUAAUGAAGUGUCGAAUACUAGUAUUAAUUGUAGGCUUUUUAAGUAAUGUACUCGGUAUCUACGUAACAAAUUUGAACGACAACUGUAUUCGGUGUUUAUGCCAUGUAGCAGGCUGUGACCUGUCUCACACUUGCUCUGAAGGGUACUGUGGACCCUUCUACAUAUCACGGGUGUACUGGGUGGAUGCAGGGAAACCCACGCUGCCAGACGAUAACCCGGAUAGGAAAGAAGCUUACGAAGACUGCGCCAGGGACUACUACUGUUCUGUCAAAAUUAUAGAAAAUUAUAUGGCAAAAUUUGGAAAGGACUGCAAUGGAGAUGGUGUCACCAACUGCUACGACUAUAUGAUGAUAAACCACCACGGUGGUAGAGCGUGCUCCUCUCCGCUUUUCCUUUCACAACUCGGUCUGCGUAGGCUGAAACUGUUUCAACAGUGCCGAUUUAACUAAAGUCUAUGGAGUAGAUAGAUUUCCUAUGAAAUAUCAAUGAAAAUAUUUAUGUUAACUUCAGACAAAAAUAGACAGUCUAUUAACAAAUAAGGUUCUUCUAAAAACAGAAGAAACUGCGAUUCAGGACUCAAACCAAGACUUCAUUCUUCAUUAUUGUACAAUAAUGCUGCAACUAUCUCUGCCUACAGACCUCUGAUAUCUGCUUCAUAUGUAAUAUAAAUUUUCUGUAUAGGAAAUUUGAUGUAAUAUGUACCUUUAGUUAUGUUCAUUCAAACUUUAAAUUUAGCGAAAUUAUCAAAAUCAAUACGUUUUUGACUCUCAUUUUAACUCGCACUCUCUACACUGAAUAUUAUCAUAGGUGAAAAAUAUAUUAUAGUAAAUGUUACGUUUUAUAUUUAGAAUUAUUUAGACAAAUGAAUUUAUUGUUUUUACUAAUUAAACGAUAUUCUAAG